UUUUAUACUAAAACAAAUUAAGUCCUCAUCUUAACAAUAUUAUUUGUAAUAUUUAAUUGUGGGAAAAAGAAGAUAAAGUCGCCCCAAUUCAACUUGUAUGCAACUCUAUUAUCUUGUCCUUUUUUACAGAUUUCUUGCAACCGGUGAUCGCUUCCAGUAUAUACAUUUCAACCAUCGAGUUGGCGCUACUACUGCAGGAAAGAUUGUAGCAGAAACAUGUACUGCCAUUUGGUCCGUAAUGUCUCCAAUGUUCCUAAUGACCGAUCCAUCACCAGAAAAGUGGAAGGAAAUAUCAGUGAGGUUUGAAGAGCUAUGGAAUUUUCCAAAUUGUUGCGGUGCUAUUGAUGGCAAGCACGUACGCAUUGAAGCCCCAUGGAAUAGUGGCUCAUUAUUCUUUAAUUACAAAUCAUACCACUCUAUUAUUCUACAAGCUGUUGUUGACGCGGAAGGUAAAUUUGUAGCAGUCGAUGUUGGAGAAGCUGGGAAACACAGUGAUGGAGGUGUAUUUUAUUCUUCAACAUUUGGUCGUUUAUUUAACGAUAAAAAACUGAACUUACCAAAGCCCAAAACUUUAUUUAAGACAAAGACAACUAAUUUUCCCUAUGUCUUUGUUGCGGAUGAAGCCUAUGCCCUCAGCAGACACAUGAUGACCCCCUUCAACAAGAAUUCUUUGACACGAGAACGAAGGAUAUACAACUAUAGACAAUCUAGAGCACGUAGAAUUGUUGAAUGUGCUUUCGGUAUGAUGGCGAAGAAAUUUCGUGUUUUCGAAUUGGCUAUGUUAACUCAUCCAGAUAAGACAAAAAUCAUUGUGUUAGCGUGUUGCGUUCUCCACAAUGUAAUUAGAGUAAAAGAGGGUACUAUGAGUCAGGUGUAUGACGAAAUGAUGAACAUUGAAGUUGAGUGUGACAAUAAACAAGAGACUUCGAGGGCAAGAGCAGCUAAAGCUGCCUACAACAUCAGAGAGAACUUUAAAGAAUACUUCAACACUGAAGGUUCAGUACCAUGGCAAGACAAAAUGGCUUUUGUAUAAACAACAUGAUUUGUUAUGGACUAUAUUAUGUAUAGAAGAUAUGUCAAAUAAAGUAUGGCUAUUUCUGAACGGAUUAAUGUUGCUGUUAUUUUAUUCUUAAUGCCUUACAAUAUACAGUAAGUUUCAUCAACAUCGGUCAAUGUAAAAGUCUUAUACAGUAUCUACAUCGAUCCGCUUAGGUAUAAGGAACAUACAUGCAACAAAAUAUAAAAUUCGGUCAACGCGUUUAGCCAUUAUCGUAGGACAAAGAGACAGACAGACUGACAGAAGUUUCUUGUAGCCAUUUUUGGCCUAUGCAACAAUAGUGCUAAUAUUAGGCCUAGCAUAAAACCUACAGGGAUAGUUAGUGGGGAAAAUUCUUAGCUUAUUUCGUUGUUGAACUAUCUUACUGUGAGGUAACACAGAUGUAAAUUAAAAUACUCGCACAACAGAUAGUACUAAAGACAGGCAUAUAACAGUAUAACAACACUUACC